GUUCAUGCAAGUGUGGUGAUAGAGAGCAGUUGGUUGUAAUAUAAUCUCUAUAUCUCCUUUAUGCAGUUAUAAAAUGACAAUGACAAGCAGUGCUUUGAAUGAGAGCACAGCAUCAAACACAACAAAUUCAACACUGGACUCCUGUGGCCUGUCAGAGGUGCCAGCCCAUCCUUUUUUCAUUUUUUCCUACUCAACAGUCUUCCUUGUAUGUUUAGCAUUGAACACCAUCACCAUGCGAGUGUAUUACUGCACCAGUCUACGAUUUCAGUCCAGUGUCACGGUAUACCUAAAGAACCUGGCUGCAGCUGACUUCUUCCUCUGCCUUGUUUUGCCUUUGCGCAUUGCCAACUAUGCUAACAAAUCAACAGCCAUGCAACUCAUCUACUGCAGUUUUGGUGCUUCAGGCUUCUAUCUCAACAUGUAUGCCAGCAUUCUCUUCAUGGAAUAUAUCGCUGUAAACAGAUAUUUAAAGAUUGCCUAUCCAUUAAAGACUCAUGUACUGCAGACAGCCAAUGCUGCACGUUGUAUCUCCAUUAUAACAUGGACGUCCUUAUCUACAAUGGCUUUAAUUUACACUGUUGUGUUUCUGAGCACAUCCUGGGGAGCUGCUCCAAAUCCGCAUGCCAUCGGCUGUGAAUCCUUGCAUAGCCAUCAGGUCAAAACGGUCUACAAGAUCAUCCACUGCGUUUCUGCACUCAUCUUCGCCUUUGUGCUGGUGUCCCUGAUUCUGUUCUAUUGGGGCACCAUGCGAAGGCUUCAAAAUGCCCACCCCCAUGUGCAGGCCCAGAGUAGUCACUGUAAAUUAAGUAGGUCUAAGCGCAACAUGCUAGUGCUUGUGGUGGUGUUCUGUGUGUGCUUUGUGCCCUACCACCUAGUGAGGCUCCCAUAUGCCUUCGUAAAGCCACUGUUACAGGGAUGUGGUAUUUCAGCCAAGUCGUUUUACAUUAUAAAGGAGGUCACAGUUCUGCUUUCAGUGCUCAAUGCAUGCAUGGAUCCCCUGAUAUAUUUUAUCUUUUGCAAGGGAUUCCGUGAACAAAUUGGCAUCAGAAAAUUCAAAGCGUCCAGUAGUCAAACAGUGAGCAAAGUCCAAAGAGAUAAAAAGAAACAAAGCAACACAGAGACAGGGGAAUCACAUGUCACAGUGAGACAUGAAAGUAUCAAUCCCCUGGAGAAUAUCCACCUGUGUCAGCUAGAACUGCAAAUUACGAAUUAAACAAUGGUAUUCAGCAGUGAAUACGUGAUAGUUCACCAAAAGUAUAAUAAAUAUUUACUGCCUGUGAAUGAUAAAUAUUUUGAAUAAUAACUUUUUACGUAACAGCCCGAUGUACCAUAGACAGCGUAUUACAGUCAGGUCCAUAAGUAAUUUUGACCAUGUACACCACCACAGUAGAUCUGAAUUGAAGCAAUCAAGAUGUGAUCGAAGUGUAGGUAAACAGCUUAAUGGUCAGUUGUCAACAGACCGAUCAGAGAGAUAGCAGAAAUCAGCAAAAUUUUGUACAUUCUUAAAAAGAAAGAAUGUACUGGUGAACUCUUUGAAGACCACAGAAAACAACUAAAGCGGUGAUAAAUUUGGUGAUGUUCAUGGGUUCUAAACUUCAGAUGGUCAUUAACUGCAAAGGAUUUUCAUCCAAGUGUUAAAAUUAUUCUUGUAUUUAUGUUAGUUUGUCCAUUUAAAUUUGAAAAUAGAGAGACUAUGUAAAUAUGGCUGUAAUUCCUAAACAGUUAAUAUUUGUGUUAAACCACUUAAUUAAAGCGAAAACUUAACAUUUCAGUCACAUAUUGAUUGCUUUAUUUCAAAUAUAUUGUGGUGUUGUACAGAUGCAAAAUUACAAUAUUGUGUCACUGUCCAUAAAUACUUAUGAACUCUGUAUAUAA